UUAACAAUUCUCAUAGACAAAAUAAAAUGUAACAUACAAACUGAAGUAUAAAAUUUAACAUAUCGAAAAUGGCUGCAAGCCGUCGUAAACAAGAUGACAAAAAUUUAGAAAUUUUACGUGAACUUAUAUCUCAAAAUGGCAAUAAAUAUUGCUUAGAUUGCAAUCAAAGAGGACCCACAUAUGUAAAUACUACGAUUGGUUCUUUUGUAUGUUCAAAAUGUUCGGGAAUGUUGCGUGGUCUUACACCUCCUCAUCGUGUGAAGUCCAUCUCAAUGGCUACAUUUACGCCAGAAGAGAUAGAAUUUAUAAAAGUGAGAGGAAAUGAUUAUUGUAGACGCGUGUGGUUAGGCCUUUAUGAGGGUGAAAGUGUAAACUUUACUGAUGAACAAAGCGUCAAAGAUUUUAUGUCUGAUAAGUAUGAAAAGAAACGAUAUUAUUUGGAAUCCUCAUUGAAUACGACUGUUACGAAUGGAGGUUCUUCAGUUAAAAAUAAAUCGAAGACGAAAUCGUCAAGUAGUAAUAUGAUCGGAGUAGCCACUCCUCUGAUAUCGAUUUCAUCUCAGGCGAAAACGUCCAGCGUCAAUAAUAAUAAUAUGGUUAAUACCGCGAAAGUAGUAAGCAAUGUAAUGCCUGUAAAUGAAGUCAACCAUAAAUUACCUAGGCCUGUAAACAAUUUAAAUCAGCCUUCAUUUACAAAAAUUACACAAAUUCCAACUGCGGUUCAAAACCCAGUCCCUGAUUUUCCUGUUGAUUUCUCUACCGCAAAUAUAUUUAACAGUGCACAGUACAAUAGCAAUAUGAAUAAUAUGAACAAUAAUUCUAUGACUCAACCGAUACCUUCAAAUACUGCUUUUCAUGCAUUUGGGUCCUCACCUGCUUCAUCAAAUGAUCGCUAUGCUGCAUUGGCUGAUUUAGAUUUAGCCCUUCGACAGCAAAAUAUGAAAAAUAUGGAGGAGACUAAUAAUGUAAAUAAGAAUCCAUUUCAAAGCCCAACAAGCACUGAUCUAUUUGGGAAUAAGAAUCCUUUCUUUAAUGGAGGUUGGAGUACAGCUACUACCCAAAUGCCUGUCAACCCAUUCAUGCCAGCGAACAAUGGGACCUACAUCAAUUCCAAGAAUCCUUUCCUAUGAUAAACAUCUGCGUUACCCACAUGAGUGAGUCCAGAACAAAGAAGAGCUUAUAUAACAAAAGCACAAACAAAGCUAUAAAUAUAAAGUUCAUUUUUUCAAAUAACAGAAUAAUAAUUAAGUAUUUACAUAUUACUUAGUGCUUGUAUAAUUUGAUAAACUUAAGUGCCUCAAUCUGCCUUAAAAUUUGAAAAUUAAUAUAUUCUUAUAUGCUCUUUUAAUGUAGAAAUUGUGAAAGUAUUAAAAAAAAAAUGAAUGAAACUAAGGGUAAUUAAAUGUGUAUGUUUGUAUGGAUAAUUGUUGUUAUAGUUGCUGGUAUUAGCUUUAUUAUAUAAAUAUAUUAUAUAGUAUUUAAUGAAUUUAAAA